AUGGGUGCAAAAGCUAGAGUGGCCAAAAAGACUCGAAACCCAGAUCUGCUCCGUGAGGUGGGUAAGUACUCGAGGUCCAAGAGGUGCCACAAGCGCGGUCUUUGGGCCAUCAAGGCCAAAAACGGCGAUGUAUUUCCAUGCCACAACACCAAGGCGGCAGUUGAGAUUAUGAAGGAGAUUCUUCAGCAAAUUGUGGGUCUAAAACCUCCAUUCGAUAUAUCAAAAUCGACUGCGGUGUUUGAUGAAAAGCCGGCGAUGGAGACCCUAGCACCAACUACAGAAGAUGAGGAGAUUAUCAAGGUUGUGGUUGCCGGAACCAUUCCUUCAUACUCAGUCGAGUCAAAGCUCGGCGAUUGCAAGAGGGUUGCUUCUAUUAGGUGCAAGUCCUUAGAGGGAUUUGAUUAG